UCGAGAGCAAAAUCGUGAAGCCCAUUCACCGGGGUUUAGCCGUAUAAAAGAACUUUCAAUCCUCAGUCGCUGCAUCUGGUUUUUCGAAGAGUCGAGUGCCGAAGCAGCAAUUUUUCGGCAUCAAAUAUAUUUUCAUGCCAACAAUGGCUUCAACCAUGCUUCCAUUCUUGUAUCAAACACAGACCCUUCGACGGGCUGUCAGGGGACCCUUUGUUGCGCUGAAUCUCGUCCGUUUGGCUCACUCUGCACGCCGGGUUAAAAGGCCUGCAGACAAUGCCAUUCCCUUCCAAUGGGAGUCUGGAGACCAAGAGUUGGCCAACAUCGAAGCGGAGCGUGUUUCUACCAUUACGCCGUCAGAGGCUCAGAUCUUCAAGGGGAUUUUCCAUGAAAUCGCCGAGGGCAAAAUGCCGCCUGCGAAGAGAAGAAGUCCUAUCCGGCAUCUGCAAGAUGGGCUUCAAAACCUCAGCGAUGCACCCACGAGCAGCGAAAAGGACAGCCCUGGCUCGUCUCGCUCACUCGAGGAAAAGACCCGCAUCACUGACUUCCGGGAGAGAUUUCUGAGCCGGUAUCCCAGAUCGCUCCAAAACGCCGCGCAAGUUGCACUCGGCCUGUAUGAAGUUAAGCCUCGGAAUUCGGACUCGGGACAGGAUGCCCAGAUGAUGGAGCUGGAUGGUGCUGAUGAGGCGACAUGGGCAGAGCGUGCAGAGCGGGAGCUUGCGAGGAGCGAAGAGUGCGAGAGAGUGGAAACUCUGAUGAAGGAAUGCAAAACUGAUGCCGAGUUGUGGAGUGUGAUGGAGAAGGAGGUUUUUUCUCUGCCCGAAAAGCUACAUAUAGCACAGGCAAAGCGGUCAGACGUCCCAAAGGGCAGAAAAACCAAGAAGCAGUCCGCUCUGUUGGAUGCCGAAGGACAGCAAUCGGCAUCGGAAAUGGCCUCGCAGGAUGAGGAGCGCGUGAUGAGCAUCCACGGGCCGCUGUAUUCGCGAUUCCUCAGCACGGCUCUCAAUCUCUUCGACACGGCUUUUGCUCGCCCGUCUCCGUACAUCUUCCAGAUUCUCCCCCGCAUCAAAGAGCUCGGCUUGCCAUCGUUUGUGCUCGGUGUCUCCACGCCGUUUUACUCCAAGCUGGCUGAGAUUCACUGGCAACGCUUCGGUGACGCCAACUCUGCGCUCGAUAUGCUGAUGGAGAUGAACUCUGCAGGCCUAUUCACGAAUAAGAAGGUGAAUAGUCUCAUUUCGCAAUUGCGCAAUCAGCUGCACGCGUGUACUUGGGGUGGCCAAGGUCCCUUUGUCAUGGCCAUGAUGGAGUCUCCUCCGUAUGAUGGCGCAUUGAUGCGGAGGCUGGAAGAAGUAGAAAAGACGAUUGUACAAUCGUCACAAGACCGUCUGAAGGACUAUUCUUUUUAACUGAUAUGACAUCUUCUCUCUUACUAUCGAUACUACUGCUGAGUCUUUACGAACCUCCAUGCGCCACCAAGGAAUGACUUCCGUCUGUAUCAUACCUAUACAUGUACCAACAACAUUUACGACUUUAUGCCCCCGAAUUUUACUCCGUAUACAUGGCACUCUUCCGUAUAAGCCAUAGAUAGACAUAAAUAGACAAUGCUCAAUCCCUC